AUGGCAAGUCAGACGAUAGUAUCGCUGCUGAGGAAGGAGAAGAAUAAGCCGCCUCAAUGCGAAAAGCAGGUGCGAAACAACAUGCACAAUAGGGAUGACGAAAACGAACCCGAAAGCUGCCCUUCUGACCCCGAACAAGCUGACAGCGCGUUGGAGGAGGCUUACCCCGAGGGUGGAAGGGCGGCGUACCUAGUCGUCUUUGGAAGUUUCUGCGCCAUCAUGGGUGGUCUCGGCCUCAUGAAUAGCAUCGGGAUCUAUCAGUCUUGGAUCUCACAACAUCAGCUUGUGGAAGUUGACGAAAGCAGACUGGGAUGGAUCUUUGGUCUGUACAACUUCAUGGUCUUCUUCUGCGGCAUACAGAUUGGACCUGUAUUUGACAUCCAUGGCCCUACAUGGCUUAUGGUCACCGGUGCAUUGCUCUACGUUACGACUUUCGUCUCGAUUGGCUUUUGUCGGGAGUUUUGGCACUUCAUACUUGUCAUUGGAGUUGUUGCAGGUGCGGCGACAUCCAUCAUCUUCGUCGUACCUGUCGCGACGGUAGGCCAAUACUUCAACGUCAAACGAGGAGCAGCUACAGGAUUGGCCAUGGCCGGAGGCAGUCUCGGAGGAGUGAUGUUUCCUCUGAUCUUUGAUGCCCUGGGUGAAAGCAUAGGGUUUGCUUGGACCACUCGCGUGAUCGGCCUGAUCACUCUGCUUCUCUUGCUUGUAGGAUGCAUUCUUGUGCGUCCAAGACAGACACCCAAAACGCUGCCCAUUGACAAGAGCAUUCUCCCAGAUUUCCGCAUUCUGCUGAGACUGCCUGUUCUCUUGAUGACGGUCGGUGUCUUCUUCAUCGAGUGGGGAUUCUUCAUUGGCCUCGAAUACGUGGCAUCCUAUGCCCUUGCCCAUGGAAUCAGCAGGAGACUGUCGUACCUGAUGGUGGUGUUCCUGAACGCUGGAUCCUUUCCCGGCAGAUGGCUCCCUGGCUUUCUUGCGGACAGGUUUGGUCGUAUGAAUACCAUGAUUUUGACAAACGUUCUGUGCAUUAUCUCUAUGCUUGGGAUUUGGCUUCCAGCGAACGGCAAUGUUGCUGCUGUCAUAGUCUUUGCCGUCGUCUUCGGCUUUGCGAGUGGCAGCAACAUCAGUCUGGUGCCUGUUUGUGUGGGCGAAUACUGCUCCACGAGGGAUUACGGCAGGUAUUAUUCAACGGUGUACACCGUUGUCAGCCUCGGGUAA